AUGAAACACACCAAAGUUUCCAUCACUAAAGAAAAACGUACACGGAGUUAUGACCCCGAGAGUCCCAUCUCGUUCAGCGACAAGGAUAUAGAAGGCAUCGUUCAGCCCCAAAAUCAUGCACUGGUAAUAUCUGUCCUUGUUAAUAAAUUUAGAGUUAAAUGUGUUUUAAUUGAUCCAGGUAGCUCAGCUACUACCAUCAGAUGGAGAGUCAUCGAGCAAAUGGGUCUACUAGACCAGAUCGUGCCUGCAGUCCGAGUCCUCAACAGGUUCAACAUGGCAUGCAAAACGACGAAGGGUGAAAUCACCUUGCCGGUCAACACAGCUGGAACCAUGCAGCAGACCAAGUUUUACGUGAUUGAAGGAGACAUGGGAUACAAUGCAUUACUUAGAAGACCAUGGAUUCACAACAUGAGGGCAGUGCCUCAACUCAGCACCAAGUGUUAA